AUGACACCAGCAUCACGCGUAAGAUCAAAGUUAUAUAAAAUGCAUCAUUCAACGAACUGUGUAAAAAAUAUUCACUAAAAAUAGAAAACAGGAAGUUUAAAAAAUGGCGACAGUUUGGCUUGUGUUUUUCGUCUUUGGCUUGUUUUUAACAAAUUGUCUUUGUACGGAUCUGAACACACAAGAAUGGUAUGGUGAUCAAAUGAACUUGUAUGAACAGGUUCUUAAAUUACAGCGAGAGGUGGAACAACUACGUCAGGAUAACGAAGACACAAAUGAAUCAUUGACCAAAUUACGAAAGGUUAACGAAGAAAGAAGAGAAUUGUUGACAAAAACAAAGAAUAACAGUCGUUCAUGUACAUGUAAAAGAGCUCCCUUUGAUUGUUCGGACAUUUACAAAAAUGGCGAGAGGAAGACGGGGAUUUACACAAUAUACCCAUUUGGUGAAAAUAGUCAUGGCAUGUCCGUACUCUGCAGAAUGGAUUCACAAUCUGGAGGCAGAACUGUUGUUCAGUACAGAGACGGCUCGUUUCCCAGGAUAAAUUUCAAUGCUACAUGGGAGGAAUACAAGCGAGGAUUUGGGGAUGUUAGAAGGGAGUAUUGGUUAGGAAAUGACGUCAUUCAUAUGCUGACUACGACUUUCGAAUACGAUCUACACAUUUACAUGACAGGAAUAGGACCGAACGGUAUUCGUAUCUACAAAUAUGAAGUAAACUACAGCUUGUUUUCUAUCUCUGAUGAAACUGAUGGUUACAGACUGUCCUUGGGAGAAAAAUCAGGAAAUAUUACUGAUGCGUUCAGGAAUCCUAAUAUAGUAAAUCAGCCUUUCUUCACCUUUGACCAUGACAACGAACAGCUGUGCGCUAACAGAAUGGCCUCUGGAUGGUGGUUUGAUAAUUGUGCGGCGGCAAAUUUAAAUGCUCCUAAGUUUGGAAACUUGUCAUUUCCCGUCUGGCUUCCCCUUAUCGAAUCAGGAAGUCGGCUUUAUUAUUCGCAGAUGACUAUUGGAAGACAUUAG